CCCAAGAGUUUCUGUCUUCUGACUAUCAGGAUGAAGGUGAGUAUUGCUCUGCUGAUGCUGUGCUGUCUGUCACUCACUGAUGGACAAACUAAUGUGCAAGAAGAAAACAACCUGCCAAACAUCUGGGAAGAGGUGAGAGAUAUAAGAGACAUGAUGGUGGAGCUCAGAGUCAAGUUGAAAAUGGCGAUGAAUGACAAAUCAAAAAUGGCAGAACAAAUACUGGAUCUGAAGAAAGAGAAUGCAGGGCUAAAUGAACACCUGAAGGUCAGUGAAACCCAGCUGGAAGCGUUAAAGAAAGAAAUUUCAGAACAACCUAAAGUAGCAUUUUCAGCUGACUUGGGGAUCCGUGGCAAUAUAGGUCCCACGACUACUGAGAUCACACUGGCAUUCAACAAUGUCUUCACAAACAUUGGAAACAACUACAACUCAAUUACAGGUUUCUUCACGGCACCAGUUAAAGGAGUCUACUACUUCAGAUUCACUAUAUGUGGUGUUCAAAAAAACCAGUCAAGGGGUGCAAAUUUAUAUAAAAAUGGGCAGAAUAUUGUGUCAGUGGGACAAGAGGUGUAUCACGAUCAGCACCGAUAUGCAUCAAAUGGAGCUGUCUUGCAGCUGGAAGUGGGUGAUGUCAUUUGCAUGAAGCUCCUCCCAGGUUACACCAUCUAUGACAGUCCAGGAAACCUCAGCACUUUCAGUGGAUUCCUCAUUUACCCAUUAUAGUGAUCGACCACUGAACACUGACAAAACAUGGACGCUUUUAGGAUGUUCAUUCUAUAACAGAAGACAAAUUCACUUUUUGUUUCACAUUAGUUUUGAAUUUUAAAUAAAUAACUAUAAUAACUGGUUGCUCGCGGAAAAUUCACAAUUACACUCAUGCUGUAUUAAUCUGACUCUGUACCAAGGAAAAGUCAGUAACUAUAAAGAUUUUGCAUGCUUUUGUUUGCAUCAACUAAAUUGUACAUCCCUAAAAACCUCUGUAUCUGCUAAAAUAAAAUUAUAAUAUUAUUUUAUUAUUAUUAUACUCUUAAUAACUCAUAGAAAUACAUUAAUAUGUUUUGUAUUAUGAAAUAAAAGUAUUAAGGCAUUUUAUUUUUUUUAUAAUUUAUUUCUGUAAUAUGUUUAGGCUUCAGUAUUCAGAGCAGAGAGAAAUUUUGUCUUUUUCUUUUCUUGUUUGAUUAACAUGAAAUACAGCUGUGGGUAUAUUUGGCUGCUGUCACUUUAAGCCUUUCCAACUGUUUAUGUGAUUUAAGACAUUACAGGCUUGUUUGAGAUAAGCAAAAUCUGUGCAAAAUACAUUUGAAUCUUUA